UGGGCGGGGCCAGUCAGUGGGCGGGGCCAGGGCCGUGGACGGGGCCCCGUGGUGCGCACGCGCGGAGCGGCCCGCCCUGUCCCGGAAGCGGUGUCGCGGCCGUGACACGUCGCAGGGGCCGCGGCGGGAGCGGGGCCGGGCCGGGGCCGCGGAGGUGGCGAUGUCCGGGUUCGACGGCUUCAACACCGAGUUCUUCCAGACCAGCUACAGCAUCGAGGACCAGUCGCAGCCCUACGACUACAACGCGCGGCAGUACAGCAAGCACUAUGGAGGCUACGAGUACUCUCAGCAGGGUGGGUUUGUCCCUCCCGACAUGAUGCAGCAGCAGCAGCCCUACACGGGGCAGAUCUACCAGCCAACACAGACCUACACUCCUACUUCAGCACAGUCUUUUUAUGGAAGUAAUUUUGAGGAUGAGCCGCCACUGUUAGAAGAACUGGGGAUCAAUUUUGACCACAUCUGGCAGAAGACACUGACGGUGCUGCACCCCCUGAAAGUGGCCGACGGGAGCAUCAUGAACGAGACGGAUUUGGCCGGACCCAUGGUCUUCUGCCUGGCUUUUGGAGCCACGUUACUGCUGGCUGGGAAAAUCCAGUUCGGUUACGUGUACGGGAUCAGUGCAAUCGGCUGUGUGGGGAUGUUUUGCCUCCUGAACCUGAUGAGCAUGACUGGGGUCUCCUUUGGCUGCGUGGCCAGUGUCCUGGGAUACUGCCUGCUUCCCAUGAUCCUGCUCUCCUCUUUUGCAAUUGUAUUUUCACUACAGGGGAUGAUGGGGAUUAUUCUCACGGCUGGAAUUAUUGGCUGGUGCAGCUUUUCUGCUUCCAAGAUCUUUAUCUCUGCCUUAGCCAUGGAAGGACAGCAGCUCCUCGUAGCCUAUCCCUGCGCUUUGCUGUACGGAGUCUUCGCCCUCAUUUCAGUGUUUUGAACAGACUGUCCAAACUGGGGGACUCUGGUGGGCCAAAAGGAAAAUCCCAACUUGGAACUUGGAAUUGGACCAGAAACAGCUGCAAACAACUGUCUUGUGUUGCUAUCAUGAAACUUAGACCAGUUCGAAUCACCUGGAACAAUGGAAAAAUGUCUCGUGUUCACUUUUUUAGGACUUUGAAUACUGUUUUCAAUGACCUGGGGUGCCCAGAGCUUUAAUACGUGUUCAUGCUUAUCAAGUUCCUGUGAUUUCUUUCCCAUUCCUAGAUCUUUAGAAAAAGUAACUUUUGGUCGUUUAUUUGAGGGUUGUGAUUUUUGUUUGUUUGUUUUGUUUUGUUUUUUAGGGGAGGGAGAAGGGUUACAAAGGUUAUAAAUUGGUAGAUUUUUAUCCAAAACUGUUAAUGGAUUUGGGGUACUCUGUAUAAAUCUGCAGUAAUGAGGAACCUGUUUCCUGACCCCUCUUACCAAAAACAAAAUGCACAAAUGAACAAAAGGAAUUAGACUAUUUCCUAUAUCUUAACCAAUAUACUCUUAAGCUCUUUGGUCUCAAUUAUUUGUUCAUUUGCUGUGAGAGUAUUUCAGGAUUUAAGAUACUUAAAUUAUGAGUUAGAAAACAGAUGCUUAAAAGUGAAAGGGAUCUGUAAUUCUGUCACACUUGAAACAUGACCACAUUUGGGUGUCUGAGUAGCUUUAUGUUAACAUGGAUUUCUGAAGAGGACUUCGACAGAGGUUCUUUCCUUCAUGGUGCACAUACUGGUAGAUGAAGAGGAAUCUCUUUUGCAGUACUUCCAAGGAAAACACCAUUUUGAAAACGUUAAUGCUUGUCAGUAUUGUAGUUACUGUAAAAUAAUUUAAGGCAUAUUGAUUAAAUUUUCCUUAAAUUUUGAAAAA